UGAGUGGUUUGGCCAGCCUAGUCAAGCCACCCGUUUUCAUGUCCUGUCGACUGUUGUGUUUUUGAGUGGUAAAGCGCCCAACUCGAGGAUCUCACCCAGUCACCCAAAGGCAAGUUCAGCAACUUUUUUUUUUUUUUUUCAAAUUCAAUGCGGGGAAGGGAAGCAAAUUCAGCAACUUGUAAUAGUCAAACAAAUGGUGGAUUGGAGAACAACGCUCUCAGAAAGUUUUCAUAUCCAAAUCAUCUUUGACCGAUCCUCCACACCCACCGCACCUCUUCUAAUCUCGCAGCCGCCGACCGUUUCUGGGUUCACCAAAACCUGUACGGAUGCUCUCUCUCGUACCCAUCAUUGUACUCCAACUCUUCCUCUCCCCCACCUUUGCUGUCGACUUCCUCUACAACUCCUUCAAUGGGAUCGUCAAUGGCACCAACCUCACACUCAUCAACGACGCCCUGGUCGACUCCUCCGUCGUCCGCCUCACCAACGACUCCAACCAAUUCGCCGUCGGGCGAGCCUUCUACCCCACCAAGCUCACCAUGAUCAAAUCCACCCCAAACAACUCCAACUCCUCCACCAUCUCUUCCUUCUCAACCUCCUUCGUGUUCUCGAUUUUGCCCGAGAUCUCUUCCAGUCCCGGCUUCGGCCUCGCCUUUGUGCUAUCGAAUACUACUUCUCCGCGCGGCGCGCUUGCUAGCCAGUACUUUGGGCUCUUCACGAACGCUACUCCUUCCGUGGCUCCCCUUCUGGCAGUUGAGUUUGAUACGGGACGAAACCCAGAGUUCAAUGACCCGAAUGACAAUCACAUCGGGAUCGAUCUCAAUAAUAUUAUAUCGAGGACUACCGAGUCGGCCGGGUACUAUAACUCGAGUGGGGGUUUCGUCCCUGUCCAGAUGCGGAACGGUCAGAAUAUACGAGCUUGGAUCAAUUUCAGUGGUACGAGCCUCGAGAUCAAUGUUACUAUUGCGCCGAUUGGUGUGCCUCGCCCGUCUAGGCCUACUCUUAGUUUCAAGGAUCCGGUUAUAGCUAAUUACGUUUCGGCUGAUAUGUACGUUGGAUUUUCGGCAUCGAAGACUGACUGGGUUGAGGCACAGAGGGUUUUGGCUUGGAGCUUUAGCGAUACAGGGGAUGCUAGGGAAAUAAACACGACGAAUUUUCCGGUUUUUGAGCCGGAAUCGUCGUCUAAUUCGUUGUCAUCUGGGGAAAUCGCUGGGAUCGCCAUUGGUUGCGUUGCUUUUGUGACGAUUUGUGUAUCUGGGUUUUACUUUUUUUGGCGAAAGAACAAAUUGAAAGAUGAAGAAGAGGAUGAGAUCGAGGAAUGGGAGCUAGAAUACUGGCCGCAUAGAUUUUCCUACGAGGAGCUUAGCCAGGCCACAGAUGGGUUCUCCGAUCGCAACCUUCUGGGCUCGGGUGGAUUCGGAAGAGUCUACAAAGGAACUCUCCCAAACAACACCUUCGUCGCAGUCAAAUGCGUGAGCCACGACUCGAAACAGGGGCUGAGAGAGUUCAUGGCAGAGAUAUCAAGCAUGGGCAGGCUGCAGCACAAGAACCUGGUCCAAAUGCGAGGAUGGUGUAGAAAGGGCAACGAGCUCAUGCUCGUCUACGACUACAUGCCCAACGGAAGCCUCAACAAAUGGAUCUUCGACAAGCCCACCAAGCUACUCGACUGGGAACAGCGCUGCAAAGUCCUCGUCAACGUAGCCGAAGGCCUAACCUAUCUCCACCACGGUUGGGACCAAGUGGUCGUCCACAGAGACAUAAAGUCGAGCAACAUAUUACUAGACUCCGACAUGCGAGGCAGGCUCGGAGACUUCGGGCUCGCCAAGCUUUACCAACACGGUGAAGUCCCUAACACUACACGUGUGGUCGGUACUUUAGGCUACCUAGCGCCCGAGCUGGCUAGAGUGGCCGCACCCACCACAGCAAGCGAUGUAUACAGCUUUGGGGUUGUGAUACUAGAAGUGGCAUGUGGGAGGAGACCAAUAGACAUGGCGGCGACGGAGGACGACGUAGUGCUGAUGGAGCGGGUGAGGGCGCUGUACGCACAGGGAAAGGUGGGAGAGGCGGCGGACCCAACGAUUAGGGGGCAGUAUGAGGCGGAGGAGAUGGAGAUGGUGCUCAAGCUUGGGUUGGCUUGCUGUCACCCUGAACCGCAAAGGAGGCCCACCAUGAAGGAGGUGGUGGCGCUGCUGGUGGGCGAGCAGGUGGCCGCUGCGCCAGCGGACUUGUUGUCGGACUUGGCGCGCGGUGACACAAGCUCUGGUGGUGGUGGUGGGUCGGAAGAGGCUGCAAUGUUCCAGCCUCCGGUGUGAAUGCAAUUAUUAUUAUUUAUUUUUGCUGUCUAAACAAUUUUUGUGAAUGACAUUUUGACAGCAGAUUUUUUGACAAGUCAACUUUAUUUAAUAUCUUGCACGACUUUUUUUUUGUUUUUGUUUUUUAAUUUUUUAUGUUUGUUAAUAAUUUUAAUGUAUUUUGCAUAAUUUAUGGGUAUU